AAGCCCCCGCUGCCGCGGAAAUCCCGCGAGACCCCUCCCGGGGAGCCGCUCCUUGGUAUCGCCCAGCUAGUCACGUGGGCGGGAAGAUGGCGGCCCCCAGGGGGCGCAGGCGGCAUCGCGGCGGCUGAUGCGGCGCCGCUUCUUGCCUGGAUGAGUGCGGGCCGGACCCCCGGCGGGGCACCAUGGUGACGGAGCAGGAGGUGGACGCCAUCGGGCAGACGCUGGUGGACCCCAAGCAGCCACUGCAGACCCGCUUCCGAGCGCUCUUCACGCUGCGUGGGCUCGGCGGCCCCGGUGCCAUCUCCUGGAUUAGCCGGGGCUUCGCCGAUGACUCAGCGCUGCUCAAGCACGAGCUGGCCUACUGCCUGGGCCAGAUGCAGGACGCGCGGGCCAUCCCCACGCUGGUGGACGUGCUGCGUGACCCGCUCCAGGAGCCCAUGGUGCGGCAUGAGGCAGGGGAGGCCCUGGGGGCCAUCGGGAACCCGGAAGUCCUGGACAUCCUGAAGCAAUACUCCACCGACCCAGUCAUCGAGGUGGCCGAGACGUGCCAGCUUGCCGUGCGGCGGCUGGAGUGGCUGCAGCAGCGCGGCGGGGACCCGGUGCCCGCGGGGCCCUACCGCUCCGUGGACCCUGCACCGCCCGCCGAGGAGCGGGACGUGGGGCGGCUGCGGGAGGCGCUGCUGGACGAGGCGCGGCCGCUGUUUGACCGCUACCGGGCCAUGUUCGCCCUGCGUGACGCGGGCGGCGAGGAGGCGGCCCUGGCGCUGGCCGAAGGUCUGCGCUGCGGGAGCGCGCUCUUCCGCCACGAGAUCGGCUACGUGCUGGGCCAGCUGCAGCACGAGGCAGCGGUGCCGCAGCUGACUGCGGCCCUGGCGCGCAUGGCCGAGAGCCCCAUGGUGCGGCACGAGUGCGCCGAGGCGCUGGGCGCCAUCGCCCGGCCCGCCUGCCUGGCCGCCCUGCGCGCGCACGCCGCCGACCCCGAGCGCGUGGUGCGCGAGAGCUGCGUCGUGGCGCUGGACCUGUACGAGCACGAGACGGGCGCCGCCUUCCAGUACGCAGAUGCCCUGCAGCGGCUGCGCCCCGCCGCCGCAGGGGACCCCCCAGGGCCCCGCGCCUGAGCCCGGGCCCCGCACGCUGCGUGCCCAGAGCUGCCCCGAGACUCCCGCCGGAUUCUGGGCGGGUGGCAGGGGUGCCACCGCAGGUGCGGCAGACCCCCGGACACUGGGGCAUGGGAUUCGUUCUAACAAUAAAGCUAUUUUUUGGUCCAAAAA